AUGAUUGCCGGCGGCCUCACCGCAGUGUUUCAAAUGACCGUCACAACUCCUAUGGAGCUGUUGAAAAUCCAGAUGCAAGACCAAGGGCGUACUGCAGUCAAAGGUGAGAAAAAGUUAACAGCACUCAGUGUCGCCAGAAAUCUCGUUCGACAGCAUGGCAUUGCUGGUUUAUACAAGGGCCUAAACUCCACACUUGCACGUGACGUCACAUUUUCAAUGAUCUACUUCCCACUGUUCGCUCAUCUCGAUUCACUGGGACCACGUAAAAAAGGUGGCUGCGGUGACGCUGUUGCCUGGGUGUCGUUCCUGGCGGGGCUGGUGGCUGGAGGUGCUUCUGCAUUCAUUGUCACUCCGUUC